AUGGUUUCAGAGAUCGAGGACUACAACGACGUGUCGCGCAUGCUCCGCCUCAAGGCCGCCGCGCUCCUCGGCCAGGGGCGCUACGACGACGCCGAGAAGCUCAAACUCAUGCUGAAGCUCCUCGACUCCUACAUGUGGAUCGCUUUUUUCUGUUCACCGGAGCUAUUGCGUCGAUCCGAGCGCCCGACCAUCGUCCUGCGCGGCGACGUCGUCAAGCUCGCGCCGCCGUCGUCGCGCGACUACGCGGCCCGACUGGAGCCCGCGCCGCCGCCGCCCGAGGCGCCGCCGCCGCCGCGCGACGACGCGGCGCGCGAGUUGACCACGGAUGAGGAGCGCGUCGCGAAGGUCAUCAUCGACUCCUUCCCGCGGGGCGUGCUCGACUGCCGGCGGGGCACGACGAUCGAGGCGUACCUGGCCGAGAAGCUCCACCUCGAGCCCGCGCACGUGACGGAGCUCUUCGACGGCGACCUCUCCAUCGAGUUCGUGCCGUGCAAGACGGAGAACAUCGAGUUCGCGCGCGCGUUCCAGGCGCUGCUGGUGCACCGCUUCCCGAGCCACUUCCAGGACGCGUCCGUCGCCUACGCGGCCUCCGCGGCGUCGCCGGCGCGGGCCGACGCCGUCUCGCCGAGCGCCGCGGACAGCGUCGUGCCGGCGCCCGCGUCCUCGUCGACGCCCGCGUCGGCGGCGACCGCGGCGCCCGCGCCCGCGGCGGACGAGACGUGGCUCUUCAACUGCCGCUGCGGCGACAAGGGCUGGGGCUUCGACGACGGGUCCGCGAUGUGGCAGUGCGAGAAGUGCGAGUCCUGGCAGCACGAGCGCUGCAUGUCCAUCGGCGGCGGCGGCGUGCCGUCGCCCUACUUCUGCGACGAGUGCGCGCCCGCCGCGGCGCCGAAGUGCGUCCUCGCGCGCGCGGCCGCGGCGCCGCGCGAGCCGGCGGAGUUCGAGUUCGACGGCGACCGCGUCCAGACGGACUUCGACAGCGAGGCGGAGUUCGAGUUCGACGGCGACCGCGUCCAGACGGACUUCGACGGCGAGGCGGAGUUCGAGUUCGACGGCGACCGCGUCCAGACGGACUUCGACGGCGAGGCGGAGUUCGAGUUCGACGGCGACCGCGUCCAGACGGACUUCGACGGCGAGGCGGAGUUCGAGUUCGACGGCGACGACGGCGCGGUGCCGCUCCACGGCCAGCCCCUCGUCGUCGACGGCCGCGGCACGGGCCUCGACCGCCUCCGGAGCCUCGGCGCCGGGAAGAUCAGCCGGCUCGAGGCCAACGGCAUCGACACCGUCGAGAAGCUCGCCGUCGUCGACAUCCGCGACUACCCGUUGGUGCGCCUCAUCACGGGCAACCAGCGCCCGGACAAAGCCUCGACGACCAUCGCGAAGUGGCGCGACAUCGCCCUGACCUUCCUCGGCGACGACGGUCAGGCGCUCGGAUCGACGCAAUAG